AUGGCGUUUCCCAUUAUCAACGGCACGGAAGUGAUGUUGCCUCCGCCUGAGGGCUGGGUCGUCAACUUCACCCACCCGUACCGUGACGAACAAACGAGAGAACAUGUCAUGUGGGCUUUUGGUGUGGAGUUCCCGAUCGCAACCUUGUUUUUGAUACAGCGCGUCUAUACAUCGGCGUAUCUGUUACGAAAAUUCCGUAUCGAUGAUUACCUGCUCGUUAUCGCCUGGGGCUUUCUGCUAGCUACACAGGUAAUGAUGCUUCACUUGUGGCGGCUAGGGCUGGUCGGGCUCCACGGUUGGGAACAGUCCUUGGAUAAGAGCAUAUAUAUGACAGAGGUCAUCACUGCUCUAACCUUGACCGCCAUCACUGGCACGGUUUUGGCCAAACUAUCGCUUUGCUUCUUCUACUAUCGACUGUCGCCGGCUCGGUGGUAUAGAUACGGCAUCAUGUUUACCGGCUUCCUCUGCAUCGCUUGCUUUGGCUCAGUAUGGUUCGCCGUCCUGUUCGCAUGCCGGCCCGUGGCUGCGGCGUGGAACCUCAGGCUCUACACCGGUACCAACUGCAUCGCGCGCCCGCCGUGGUACAUGUUGCAAGCCAUUACUGGGGGUGUGACUGAUCUACUCCUGAUGAUACAGCCGAUCCCAACCGUGAUAGGAUUACAACUGUCUGCAAAGCGCAAGGCAGGCUUGAUAGCUUGGUUCGGCAUCGGUACCAUCACAUUGGCGGCAGCUGUGAUGCGUUUGAUCAGUCUACUGUCCAUGAUUAACAGCGCUGACACACCAUGGACUAUGGCUGAUGCUAUGCUCUGGCUUGUGGUUGAGUCCAACUUGAUCAUUCUCUGCGGCUCUCUUCCCACUUUCCGGGUGUGGCUCAACCACGUCGUCUCCAAAACGAACCGAACCGAGAAAGGGAGUGCGGGCAGCUCAUCCGGCAAAGGCACUAAGGACAGCUUCCCAUUGCGAACCUUUGGCGCACCAAGGAGCCGUCAGUUCGACACCAUUGCCGAGAUCGAAUAUGGAGAUCAGUUCAGUCCUGAUCAUUACCACGUCGGCGUUGAAAGUCGGAAGUCAGAAGGCACCGGUCACGUCUCGGCAACGGGCAGCGAGGAAGCCAUCAUGCAAACACGAACAGCGACCAUCUCCUAUUCGAAAGAUUUGCCAUGA